CAACAGCACAUUCCCCAUUAGCUAUCAACCAUGUCCCCCACGCAUCAAAGAUACCAACCCCUCUUAAGCAAUUGUACGGCCGAUACCAUCCUUGGACUGCUGCUCCCUUCAUCUUCGCUGUAGAUCAGAUGACUUUCUCCGUAAACCGGUGACUGUUCAAAGUACCGUCUCCAUUGGCGAACGCCAUAAAAUGAAUUCUCCUUUGUUUUUGAUCUCUCCCCUCCUCAACUCCUAAUCUUAAUCUAAAUUGUGUAGCGUCAACGAUCGUCUUUAAUCUCUCGAGGGUACGUUAGAGAAACCCAAUUUCUUUCUGUUAACGGCUAGUUUGUUUUUAGUCUGAUUUCUUCCUUAAAUUUUCCGGGUCUCUUUUUCUAGGAUCAUUUGAUUAACUUUUGAAUUGAUUCUGCCUGCCUUUGACUUUCUUUUAUGUUGCAUUCGUCAUUCUCUGUUCUGCCUUAUAUUGAUUUUGAUUUAAAUUUUGUAUUUUAUCUAGAUUUCUCAUUCAGUUAUUAGGGUUUCGUAGAACUAAAUUUGUGGGGUUUGUUUGGGUUCUCCUUCGAUUCUCUUCAAAUUUUGAAUUUUGGGUUUAAAUCAUUUCUGGGUUUUAGUAAUCUUAGCUUUUUGCAUUUGGGAAUUUGAUUUUUAGCUUCCUUCAAUUCUUUGCUUUCGUUAGCUAUUAUUUUUUAUGGCAUUUGAAUGCCAAGAAAGCAUUAAGGUGUCGGAAAAUUACAAUUGUGAGGAGAAUUCUAAUCCAAAAGCAAAAAAUUCUGGAAUUUCAAACUCCUCAUUUGAUUGCCAUUCUAAGAAGGCAAUUUCAAUAGCUGAAAGUUCAAAACAGCUGCCUUGUAAUGAUGUUUUGCCCAAUUAUCGCCGGUCAAUCACUGACCUUCCUCCGGCCUUGAUUUCUGAAAUCCUUAAUUGUCUUGACCCUAAGGAGCUUGGUGUAGUUUCGUGUGUAUCGACCAUUCUCAAUAGACUUGCAUCUGAGAACCAGGUUUGGAAAGAAGUCUAUUGUGAGAGAUGGGGACUCCCGUUGGUGCCUGCACCACUAGGCGUGGGGCUUUCAGAUGAGAAGUCAUGGAAGGAAUUGUUUGUGGAGAGAGAGUUUAGGAGUAAGACUUUCUUGGGUGGUUACAGCAUUGAUGUUCUGUAUGGUCAUACAGAAGCAGUUAGAACAGUUUUCCUUUUGGUUUCUGCUAAGCUCAUUUUUACUUCUGGGUAUGACUCCAUUGUUCGGAUGUGGGACAUGGAAGAUGGACUAUCUAUUUCAUCUUCAAGGCCCCUUGGAGGCACUAUUCGAGCAGUUGCAGCGGAUACAAAGCUUUUGGUUGCUGGUGGUACUGAUGGUUUCAUCCAAGGUUGGAAGGCAGUGGAGGGUCUCCCAUACUUGUUCGACCUUAAGGGUUCUGAGGAGCCAAAUACUGAAUUUAGACUUUGGGAACAUGAGGGACCAAUAACAUCUCUUGCAUUGGACCUCAUGAGGAUUUACAGCGGCUCAUGGGACAUGACUGUUCGUGUAUGGGAUCGUUCCUCUCUAAAAUGCUUAAAGGUCUUGAGACAUAGUGACUGGGUAUGGGGCCUUGCUCCACACGAUACAACAGUUGCUAGCACAUCAGGCUCAGAUGUGUAUGUUUGGGACGCUUGUAGUGGGACUCCGUUAACUGUUAUUGACCGUGCUCAUGUUGGUAACACUUAUUCUUUGGCAAGAAGCCACACAGGGGACUUCCUUUUUACUGGAGGAGAAGAUGGGGAAAUACAUAUGUUUGAGAUCAUAGGUCACAACUACAUGGCAAAUGUUUUUAAGGUGGCAACUUGGAUUCCUCAUUCUGGUCCUGUUUAUUCCCUUGCAUUUGAGUUUCCAUGGCUGAUUUCAGCUUCUAGUGAUGGUAAGUUGUCACUGAUAGAUGUUAGAAAACUACCAAGGACAAGCAGACGCUCCUUGGGAAAGAAUAUUUCAAGGGCUAAAAAUGUGGACUGCAGUGUGGAACCAACCCAAAGGAUGCUACAUGGAUUUGGGCCCAAUUUGUUUUCAGUGGACAUUGGCGCUGACCGUAUAGUAUGUGGAGGAGAAGAGGGUGUUGUAAGGAUCUGGAACUUUUCGCAAGCUUUGGAAAUCGAGCGGAGGGUUCGAGCUCUAAAAGGAGUCCGGUUGGAGAAUCGGAUGAGGCGGCGCAAGCUCCAAAAAGAGAUGAGCAAAGGUAAACGAACUCGUCAGUGUUCUGCGGCAGCCAAGAACUCCAUGCAUGGAGAUAGGCGUAAGGUCUGGCACAGUAAACGUGGAAUCAGUAGCAAGCUGAAGGCAUAGCAACAAAUGGCAUUUACUAAAUGCCUCUAUGCGGGAUGACUCUCUUACCAUGUGGGUAAUCAUGUCACAGAUUUAUGGUUUAAGCUUGCCAAGUCACUGAUUGUAGUUAGUUUUUUUCUUUUCCAAUAACAUUUGAUUUUUAAAUAUUAGCUUAAUUUUAUGGUGGUUUGAAUAUGUGCUGGUUGGGAUGGUUUAUAUCUUAUCACAACUGUCAGUUACUACU